AUGCAAAUGAACUCUUCUUGUUUCAACUUGGAUAUUAACUUCGACAUCGAAGCCUUGUACACUACAAACAUUGUUACAGCAGUUGUAAACUCUGUGUUUUCCCUCACGGCUGUACUAGGAAAUUUUGUCAUCAUAAUGGCAUAUCAAAGAACACCUUCUCUUCACUGUCCGGCCAAUACGCUUCUAUGUUGUUUAGCUUUGUCUGAUUUUAUUGUAGGACUUCUCGCGCAACCGAGUUUUGUUGCGCACAAAGGUGAAAUUCAACGUAAUGUCAACAUGUAUUGUGCGACUAGGAUCAUUACAGAGACUGCAGGUUAUAUAGCCUGUGGUGUAUCAAUUCUGACGCUUACACCAAUAAGCAUCGAGCGCUACUUUGCAGUGUAUUUUCACCUCCGAUACAAAGAAAUUGUGACGAAUUUCCGAGCCCUCGAGACAGUUGGCAUCUUGUGGUUCACGAUGAGUCUCGUAGCGGGUGCAAGAUUCUUCUCAAUGAAAGACGGGAAGAAGUUCAAAACAGUAACAAUUCCUAUUUUGUUUUCAAGUUUAAUCAUUACAAUCUCGCCGUAUUCCAGGGUCUAUAUGCAAGUCAGACGCCAUCAGCGAUGUAUCCAAGAUCAGGAAAAAUCAGCGAGAAUCAAAUCAUCAGAAUCGCGAGAUGCGGAAAGAAAGUCAGUUGUUACCAUGACUGACAUUCUUGGUUUAUUCGUUUUCUCAAACGAACCGAUGAUCGCCGUGGUAAUUACUCACAAAGUUACUGGUUAUACAAGAUCCGUAAAAGAGGCUUACAUUUAUGUCUCUACCAUUGUUUUUGUGUGUAGCUCUAUAAACCCCAUGAUUUAUUGUUGGAGAACUACUGAGAUUCGGUGA